AUGAGUGCAAAAACACGCAAAGUCUGAUUUCAAAUAAUUUAAAGUUCACCAUCAAGCCGAUGUUUCCUUGUUUGGUUACCUUCCGCACUCAUUUCCAUACAACCUACUCCCGUGUUUGCUUAGCUUUCUCCCCGCACGUCCGUGUCCCUCCCGCUGGCUAAUCCGUACUUUCAGCUUGCGAUUCUCCUUCUCACCAAAUCCGCAUUAACCACGCCUUCUUCCUCUGCUAUUCCUAACACCCGAUUCGCCACAAAACGAAGUCCGGAUUGUGAGUUUUCACCGUCGUAAUCGUGUUUCAUUCUCAUAUCGGUCUCUGCAUGUUCAUGUGCAUUCUAAUUGGAAACAUUGUCAUUAACAUGACUCGUAAAGUCUAAAAAUUGGUAGGAAUGUUCAGUUAUUUCAACGGAUCGUGAGCCGACUGCCGACGAACUGAAGAAAAUCAAGCAGAGAAAGGAGAACGAGCCCCUGGAGCAUGCGAGAACGGUAUCUCUCUCCGUCUUGUGCUCCCUAUCCUAAUGACCCUUUUCCAGUUGUCUCGACAGUCCGCUGCUCUCAAACAAGGUUCAACCGUCUCUGUCGUUUUCGCUAAUUCUCCCCGCCGCUUCUUCAUCCGAGCCCUUGCCGACGACGAUCAAUACGAGAAGAUUGGGUCAACGCUUGCAGAGAUCUAUGCUCAAGAGACUCCACCCACGCCACUCGACAGCAGAGUCGCUAUUUAUGUCAGUUGCACUGCGAGAACCUCUUCAUAAACCGUUCACUUUCAGGAAAUAGUCGCUGGUGGAGCCUAUGCUCUCCAGGAUUCAAAUGGAACGUGGUUCCGAGUGAUUGCUCGUCAGCCACCUCAAUCAGGACAAGUUCUGUGCCACUUUGUGGACGUGGGCGUGUGUGAAAAGUUCCCGGUGGCCGCACUUCGACUCCUCCCACCAGCAGUCCACCCUGUCAUGUCAAGUGAGUUUGAAAAGUACACAAAAUUUAUGGUGGAAACGUUGAUCGGAAAGAAUUAA